CCGCAGCGGAGUGCUUUUGCAGCCUGUGCAGCUCCUGCGAGAGGAGGUGUUUCAGCUUUUUAAAAAGUAAUUAGUAGUAUUUUCUCCUUUUUUCCCUUCUUCUCUCCAUCCCUCCGGAGCGGACCCUCCCGGAGCAGCUGCAGCCGCCGGGCCGAGCAGGGAGGAUGGCCGGGGGGCGCCUCCCGGGGCUGCUCUUCAUCUUGCACGCCGCGGCUCGCCUGGCUGCCGAGCAAGAAGUUGAAAACCUGUCCGGGCUCUCCCCUAACCCCGAAAAGGACAUUUUCGUUGUGCGGGAAAACAGGACGACGUGCCUCAUGGCGGAAUUCGCCGCCAAGUUCCUCGUCCCUUACGACGUGUGGGCCAGCAACUACGUGGAUCUGAUCACGGAGCAAGCCGACAUCCCGCUGUCGCGGGGCGCCGAGAUGAAGGGCAAGUGCGGCACCAACGAGUCGGAGCUGGAGAUCUCCUGGCUGGAGCAAGCGUACACCCUCAAACUCUUCUUCCUGAAGGAGGGUCACAACACGUCCCGGGGCCAGGAGGCUUUCUGGAGGCUCGGCCGGAUCCAGUUCGCCUACGACACCUCUGAGCGCACCUACUUCAAGGACGCCGUCAGCCCUGGGAAGCACACAGCCAACUCGCACCGGCUCUCUGCCCUGGUCACCCCAGCUGGGAAGUCCUACGAGUGCCAGGCACAGCAGACCAUCUCCCUCAUCUCCAGUGACCACCAGAAGUCUGUGCAGCUUUUGCUGUCUGAAGUCCGCAUCCAGCCCUUCGACAUCACUGCAGAUUUUGUCUUCAGUGAAGAACACAAGUGCCCAGUGGACCAGAGGGAGCAGUUAGAAGAAACCCUGCCUCUGAUUUUGGGCCUGGUACUGGGGUUGGUUAUUGUGAUAACCCUCUGCGUUUACCAUAUCCACCACAAGCUCACAGCCAACCAAGUGCAAAUUCCUCGUGACAGAUCUCAGUACAAACACAUGGGAUAGGUGACAGGACCAAGCAGCGCGAAUAUUUAUCAGGUAGAAAAAGCAAAAGCACUUUUUUCUAUGGGAGACAAAAGAUUAUAGGGGGAAUGAGAUGGUAUUCACAACACCUAACCAAAGCUAUUUUGGUAUUUUGUGGAGACACGUGAGUUAAGAUCAGGCUUUAUUGCAGUCAGUGCAGACACACAGCUUUCUCCAUAAGAUGAAGGCACAUCUGAUACUAGGAGUCUGUCUGUGGCACUAGGUGCUCUGAAUACCUUCUUAAUCAGCCGGGACAAUCACCUGGAAACAAAUACUUCACAUGUCAAAGUCUAACACAGGGGGCAAAAUGAACUGUGGUUUUGUUUUUUUCUUUUUUCUUCCUUUUUCGUUCCUCAAGGGACUCUUACCUCCCUGAUGCACUGCUCUUGGCACGUGUUCAGCCUCUGUGUUGGUGUGCCUCCAGCAAGCAUGGCUGGGGGUUCAGGGCCAUUGCACAGACUUCAUUAAGGUCCUCUGAGAAAGGACACAAACCACAUUCCUGGUAUUUGCACUCAUGUUAAGGAAAGCAUGAAAGAGGUGUGUUUUGGAAAAAAGUUCAGGCCAGGUCCUCAAGCUGGUAUAAACUGGAGUAACUCCAGCAGAGCAGAUUGCAGCCAGCUGAGGAACUGACCCCACGCUUGAGGUGGAGUGAAGAAAGUUUGUUUUUGCUUCCUGAGCCACAUCUGAGUUAAACUUAUUAAAAAAAAAAAAAAAAAAAAGUAUUGAUAUACAAAUUAUAAAGUGCCAUGCUACUGCAAGUCAACUGAGAAAUGCUUCUGGCUGGACAUCCUGCACGUUUUGUGAUUGUUGUUGAGAUGUUACAUUGCUACCUGCAACUGAUAUUUUCACAAUGAAACAAAAAAAAAAGAAAACAAAUGUUCAAGUUACUAUGCAGAUUAUUCAGGUAUAAUCUAAUGUAACACUAAAAAUAAAAGGAAACCCUUGAAAUUUAUCCUUAAAUGUAGACCAUUUUUAAAAUGAAUUAAAACAUGCACAUAUAUGGU